GGCCCCGUAACAUUCCCAAGCAGAUGAAAGAGCGAAGCGCGCCGCUUUAUACGUAUCGCGGCCGGGAGACGGGACAGGUGGACGAGCUCGGAUACCUCACUGCUCCGCCUUGUAUGGAAAUAUGCGCAGGAGCGGUGUGGCAGAGUGCAGACGCUGGUACGCCAGGGCUCUGGGUCCGGAGAGCUUCCAGAGCGUGAUUGUCCCUAGAUUGCUGUAGAGGCCAAGGAGAACAGGACCAAGAUGGCGUUCUUCAAGAACAGCUUCUGGGGCGAGAAGAAUGCCGGUUUCGACGUGCUGUACCACAACAUGAAGCACGGACAGUUGGCCACCAAGGAGCUGGCCGACUUUGUGCGGGAGAGGGCAGCUAUUGAAGAAACAUAUUCCAAGUCAGUGAGUAAGAUGGCCAAGAUGGCGGGCAACGGAAGUCCUCUCGGGACUUUUGCGCCAAUGUGGGACCUCUUCCGCAUCUCCUCGGACAAACUGGCACUGUGCCACCUGGAGCUGAUGAAGAAGAUGAACGACCUCCUUCGAGACAUCAACAAGUAUGGCGAGGAACAGGUCAAAGUUCACCGUAAGAUGAAAGAGACCGCGGUGGGAACGCUGGAGGCCGUCCAGGCCCUGCAGACGCAGAGCAGCCAGCUGCACAAGGCCCGAGACGGCCACCUCUGCAGGCGUUCGGAGGUGGAGCGCCUGCUCCGCGAGGGCGCCCCCCAGAGGGAGUUGGAGAAGGCAGAGCUGAAGUCUAAGAAGGCAGCUGCUUCCUUCUCCUCUUGUGUGGAGAAUUACAAGCGUGUGGGCAGUGACUUCGAGCUGAAGAUGAGCGAAUCUGCACAGAAGUUCCAGGACAUAGAGGAGACCCAUCUGCGGCAGAUGAAGCAGCUAAUCAUGUCCUACGUCCACUCCGUGGAGGACACGCACGUGCAGGUGGGACAGGUGUACGAGGAGUUCAAGCAGAACGUGGAGAACAUCGGCACUGAGAAGCUGCUGCAGAGGUUCGCUGAGCAGAAGGGCACCGGCAAAGACAGGCCGACCUCGGCCAGGUUCGAGGAGCACGUUCCCGGCGCGGCGCCCGACGGGGGUAAGAAGACCCGUGGGAAGUCCUUCCGGAUCCCAGGACUGGGCAGGAGGGAUAAGGAAACUGGAACCACGGAUUCCACUCCCACAGAACCUCUGCAUUCCCAGGAGGUGGAUGAGGAGGGCUUUGUGAUUCGGACCGACGGUCAAGGUGGCUGCCCCCAGGACAGGGAGGCCAACUUCUACUCCAGUGAUUCAGAUUUUGAUGAUGACGAACCGAAGAAGUUCCACAUUCGGAUCCGGCCGGCGAGCAGCGGGAGUCGGGGUAGCUCGGCGGCCCACGAGCUGGAGCUGAGGGCCACGGUGGGGGCGCUAAUGCUGCCCCCCAACAGAGGGAUGUCAGUGAGGAGGCACCUCUUCCGGGCCACCAGCUGCACAGCAGAAAAGAAAGGCGUGAAAGAGAGAGCCCCCCACAGAGAGCUCGGACAGGAUGGAUUGCGGAGGUCGGCGUCCAGUCCAGACCCCGGCAGAUUGACAGCAGGCUCCUGUUCAGAGACACUAUUCGGACCACCGCUGGAGUCCGCGUUUGCCGAUCCGGCCUUCUCUUCUGACUCCUCGUCCCCAGACAACGUGGAGGACUCAGGGCUGGACUCUCCUUCCCAUCAGCCCCUGGGGCUGUCCCCAGACCCAAACACAUGGGCGUCGUGGCCCAUCACCCUGCAGAGCAUGGUUCAGCCUGCACCUGACAGAGCGCCGAACUCCGUUCUGACCACGUUUGGCAACCCGUCAUCCCGACAGACCCACCCGGAGCAGGAUGAGCCAGUGGGCGACCGGACUCAGGGGCGCCGGUCUCCACAGCGCGCCUCCGCUCACGCUCCCUGUGUCCCAGAGAUGGAUCUCCAGCAGUGGAACUGUAAGCAGACUCUUUUGCUGGACUCCUUCCUCCGCACACAUAAAAGGGGCGCAUCCCCACCCCCACCCUCCCUGCCUCGAGAUGCCAGGGGGGUGCAGCCAUGCCAGGACUCUACCUCUGUCCCCCAGAAGGACACGAGAGCGUUCCCAAACCCCUCCACCUCCCAGAGAGAACAUGACAAGGAGACGACAAAGGAGUUUCCUAUUCUGGAUUCCCCCGAGGACCCCUUCUCCAUCACCAUGAUUGGUAGCCCUACGCACCAAUCGGCUUUGGCCGCGGCGACUGCCUGGAAUAGCGGCAGCAGCAGUAGCAGCGGUAGCAGCAGGCUAACAGCCGCCUCCACCUCCACCUCCAGCUCUGGGUCCCGGCCCAGAAAGGAUGUGAUGCGCUGGGGCUCUGUGCACAAUCCCUUCAGUGGGGGCGCCUCUGUCGGGGUACUGGGGGGGCUGCGGGACAGGGACCGGAGGUGCCGGGCCUCAGACAGGGGACCGCGCAGGAGCGCAACAUCUUUCGCAAGGAAUUCUGGGCCCCAGGAGGACCCGCGUGUCCCUGCAGAGAAGGAGCAGAGUGGCCUGAGACUGGGCAGGUGGCCUGACUGCCACCCUGCUUCUGGCUAUAGCAAAGACACGCCCCCUCAUCCACAGCGGGAAAAUGCUGAGCUCCUAUUGGCUGCACCACCGCAGCCAACCAGAAUGCAGAGGGCCAAUGGCCUGCUGAGUGGUUGUCACAUGUCCAGGUCUGUGUGCUCCUCUCCGCUUGUUGACCCCAACCCCAUCCACACCUCAUCAUCCUCUUCCUCCAGCCCCAGUGAAUGGGGAUGUCAAGAGCCUAAUCCCCAGGCCCGCAGUCCAACCCAGGCCGCACUGCCGAUGCCCUCAGCCGGUUUGUCGCGAGGCCCCAGCCCCGUCUCCUUCGCGACCCAGGAUGCUUUGCCUGUGGCUGCUGCCAUCACGGAGUACAUCAGCGCUUACUUCAGCGGGGGAGAGCACACCCGCUGUGUGGUGAAGAUCACAGGCGACUUCACCAUGUCCUUCCCUGCUGGAAUCGUUCGCGUCUUUGCUGCUAACCCCAACAUCCCCGUCCUCAGCUUUCGAUUAGUCAACCUUGCACAAAUUGACCAACUCGUACCCAAUCAGAAGCUGCUCUACAGUGAACAAUCCCGAAGUGAGCAACACACCAGGGAUUUCUGGUUCAACAUGCAGGCUCUCAGUAAUCAUCUCCAAAGAGAGGCUGAACUCAAUCCCCAGGCCUUGUACCACAACGUAGGCCUGGUGAAGUAUCAGGUGUCGUCCCAGGACCCCUGUCGUGCCCCACUCCUACUCUCCGCGGAGUGCCAGCGCGGGGGCACGGUCACCCGCGUCUCCCUAGAGUACCGCAGCCCGAGGCCUGGCGUGGCACCGUCUGCCCAGUUGACCGGGAUCCAGGUGCUGCUGCCUCUGCAGGCUACGGCCAGCGACGUGCAGUGCCAGCCACCCGCAUCCUGGAAUGCUGAGGAAGGAUGGCUUCUGUGGAAACUGCCCAGCUUCUCCUCCGCCAAUCACAGUGAAGGCCCAGGUCAGCUGUGUGCCAGCUGGCAGUGUUCUGACCCCCCACGAGGACCCCCUCCCAGCCUCGGGGUGCAGUUUGUGGGUUCCGGAGCCUCCCUGUCCGGCCUGGACGUGGAGCUGGUGGGGAGCAAAUACCGUCUGUCCCUGGUGAAGAAGAGGUUCGCGACAGGGAAGUACGUGGCAGCCUGUACAGUCUGAGCGGAACUGAUCCCCGGGCACCACAAAGCACUUUGGCCCCCUUCCUGUCCCGCCUGGAGGAUGAGCAGUUGAAGAGGCUCCCGCCCCUCGAGGAUGCAGCCACAGAAAAUUCAGUGGGGGGAGGGUCCUGCAGGAAAUGGGCCCAUUGCAGGCAGAUGCUGUACUGUCCUGCUCCUUGUUCACCAGGCCCUCAUUUAAGAAAUGCACAAGCGGAGAGCUUCAGACAGUUAUGGGACAGAUUUUUUUGUGAUUAGGUUAUAUGCUGUUUCCAUUAAUGUAAAUAGGUUUACCUGCAGAUAAGCAUAACUGAAAACUAUGGGUCGAAUUACUGAGUUAUUCCAUGCCAGUGGUCAGUAAUGGAUUUCUCAGCAAACUCAGUUGGUCUAUUACAAUAAAUGCUACUUUUUCCAAAACAAAA